GUAAACAGCUCCGGGGCUUGACGGGCCCGCCCUAGGAGGGCCUGUGCGUCACGGGGCGCCGCCUCCUUUGUUCUCGCUAGAGACCAGGCCCCCAAAUCGGCCGGAUCGGGAGAGCGCAGCCAUGACAGGGACGGAACCCGAGGAUUUAAAGUCUGCGGGAGAACCGGCCUGGUGGCGCACGCCUCUGGUCCCUAGACUGAAAUGUAGAGUCGGGUGUAUUGAGUUCGAGGCCAGCCCGUCCUGCAGAGCGAGCGAGUCCCAGGCCAGCCAGGGAACAAAAGCCCUCUUCGAAGCUAAGGCCCAAAUUAGAAAUUAGCUUGAUUGCAAUUGCCCCAUCUGGAAAACAUGCUUCAGGACCUUCCCUACUUGCCCUUCAGGAUUUUUUUGUUCUUUUGUCUUUUAAAGCAGCAUUGUAAAAGAAAUAUGUGUCGAAUAAGAACUUUACCCACUUCAGUUACAGAAUCACUCGCGUGGGCUCUGGUCUGUUCUUGUGGUUGGGAAUGAGUCUGGGAACUGGAUUGAGGAGGUCUCUUGAUUCGAGCUAGUUUACAUUGAACUCUCCGAGAAAGCACUCACAGUCCACUGCAAGUGAGAACCAGAAUUUAACUGGGAAACUCUUGACUCAGCCUCCGAUUUAGUAAUUCCGGUUCAUGCAUUUUUCAUCCUUAUCCCAAUUUCAAUCUUUUCUGAAAUUACACUUUGUAAUUUUAAUGGAAAUGAGAAAAAUACUUAGUUUUGUUUCUUACUGAGCUUAAAUACAAGAAAAACUAAUGGCAUUAAAUUCCUUUCCUCCUAAAAAGAAAAAAAAAGAGCUUGUCAUCAGUCAUGUAAGUGAGAGACUUCAUGCUUCUUCACAGCGAAGCUUUUAUGAUUGAGUUGUCGUAGAAGGAUAUAGUCUGUCAGUUUAACAAUCUGUGGGUGGAUUUUUUUUUUUUUUUUUUAAAGUCUGUGCUGGGCAUAAGGAGGCAGGAGGAUCUCUGAGUAUGAGGUCAGCCUGGUCUACAUAGUUUCAGAACUGCCAGGAUAACAUGGAGAGACUGUAUUAAAAAAUAAAAUUUGUGCCACACCUUUAAUCCCAGCACUCAGGAGGCAGAGGCAGGCAGAUCGCUAAGAACAGCCUGGUCUACAGAGUGAGUUCCAGGACAGCCAAGGCUACACAGAGAAACUCUUGUCUUGAAAAAAUGAAAACAAAAUCUUCAAGUGUCUUGCAAGCAUCUGAUGUGAAAGUUUCUUUUUUAAAAUGGACCUUAUUUCAGAUCAAACUAACAUUCUAGAAGGAACUCUAAUAGUAAAAAAUACUUAAUGCAAUUUCAUGCUUUAAAAAUGUGUAUCCUUGAUAAAACAAACAAACAGCAAUAAUGUAAAAUGUAAAAAAAAAUGUGAUUCAGGAAAAGAGCUAAGAUUACACAUGAGGUAAUGGGGGAAAAGACGACCUCAAUAGUAGAAGUUGAAGCUACGUAGAAAGUUUUGAAUGGGAUAGAAACUAAAUUCUUUUAAAUAAACAGUGGAGGACAGAGGGUAGAAAAUGGAGCUUUAGCAAAGAAAUGUGCAAACUGACAAAAUUUUAAGGAUACUGCUUGCAGAACUGAGGUAUGACCCAUUUUAAUAAACAUUUGACUAUUGAUCUAUUUGUUGGAUUUAGGAUGAAUGUAAACAUCAUUGGACAGAAACGAUCUUCUAAAAGUUGAACAUGGUGUUUUUGAAGCUAUACCAGGCAAACUAUAAAUCUUAGUGGAAACGGUAUAGCUCUUCAAUCAGAACAGGCUCCCACACGGAGAAAAGAUCUUUAUUUCUUUUGUGUGCACCCUCCUAUAUUCAACUCCCUACCAUUGCAAAUAUGAUUUCUUUUUAUGUAGAUGUACUAUGUAACGGGUUUCUUCACGACUUUUUCAUACUUGUAUAUCAUUGUAUUUUGCUCCUUCAAUCCACCAUCACCUCCCUUGCCCCCCCCAACCCUUUCUUCCCUCCAAACUAUCCCUCUGCUUUCAUGUUACGUAUGCACGUGUUCUGCAUAUGAGGGUGUGCAAUAUGUCUCUUCCCCUUCCCCUCCCCUUCAAAACAAACCUUCCUUCCACUCAGUCUAUUGUCUAUACACACAGACACACAGACACAGACACACACACACACACACACACACACACACAUUUAUCUAUAUAUGUAUCUUAUCUACAUAUGGAGAGAGAUUGAUCUUAAAAUACAGAUUCAUGUAUGAGAGGAAACUUGGGACGUUUGUCUUUCUGAGUCUGGUUUAUUUCCUUUUACACGAUGCUCUCCAGUCUUUCCUGCUUUGGUUGUGGUGUUGUUGUUGUUGUUUUGUGGGUUUUGUAUUUUUUUUUCAAGACAAGGUUUUGAUGUCGAGGGUUCCUGUGUGUAACACUCCUGGCUGUCCUGGAACUCACAGACAUCUGCCUGCCUCUGCCUCCUAAAUGCUGGGAUUAAAGGUGUUUGUCACUAUUCCUGGCUAGGCUACCCAUUUUUACAGGUGUAAUUUUUUUAAACUUAUUUUUAUUUUGUGUUCAUUGGUGUUUUACCUGCAUGAAUGUCCGUGUGAGGGUGUUACUUGGAACUGGAGUCACAGACAAUUGUGAGCUGCCAUGUGGGUGCUGGGAACUGAACCUGGGUCCCUUGGAAGAACAACCAAAGCUCUAAACCGGUGAGUCAUCUCUCCAUCCCCCAGGUGUAAUUUCUUUCAGACAAUUUUCACUGAUUGGACUAGUGUCUGACUUACCUGGUUGAUUCUUGUUUUUAAUGAUUAGGUUAGAUUGAAAGGUCCCUGAGAGGAACGUCUUCAUUUAUGAAUAUCUCUCCAACCCCCACAGUACCUAAGCUUUUGAGUAGCGGUAUAUUUAUAAAUAUUUUUAGUUGAAAGAGUACUGACAUUUACUAAAAAUCCGCACUUAUCAAGAACUUGACAUUUAAUUUGAUUUUCCACAUCAGAUAAAUUAUAUGUCAAACAACUUGGAAGUUUGAUGUAAUUUAUUAAAAGGAGCUUUUGUCCAAACUUUAAAGGGGAGGAAAUGUAAACUGAGAAAUAAAGAGUAAAUGCCUUCUAUGACAUAGACAAGUGACAAGCAUAGUUGAAAUUUAGCAUUACGUCUGUGUGACUCCAAAGUCCGUGACCUUUAAAUUACGACACACUGAAUCAUUGUACCUAGUCUAGUGUGUGCUUUUUUCCUAUUCAGAAUGAUAAGAUUGUCCAAACAGUGAGUAGACAGGAUUUCAAAAGAUAUCUACCCAUUUGUGUCAUUUCAAAAAAUAUUGUGAUUAUUAGAGUUAUAGGGCAUUUGGUGAGGGUGAAGAUUUUGUGGGUGUCAAGCACACACCCAGGGUGGACCACUUAGCUGAAAACAAAAUUUGAGGUGAUGUGCUUUUGCUAUGUGCCCAUACUUCAGGACCACAGGCCUGGUGGGUGCUGAGCCAGACAAGCCCAUCUGUAGACUGCCUGGAAACCUGUCAUUUGUACAACAGUGCCCCAGUGAAGAGAAUCAGAAGUGUGUAGCUGUGUGUGUGUGCAAAGACUUGCUAAGGCCUAGGGUUAUUGUUGCCUGUCGGAUGAAGGUCAAAUGCUCAGAUGGGCACACGGGGUUUUGAACUAUUUCCACGGCAGAAUCUUUUUCACUUCGACUUAUCUACAUACCCCUAGGAUGGAUUAAAGUUCUUCCAUCUUCCUCUCACUGUGGUUCUAGUCUUAAAAAAAAAAUCAGUAACUUGGGGUCAGGCAUGUGGGUACAUGACUUUAGUCCCAGCACUCAGGAGACAGAGACAGGUGGAUCUCUGUGCUUUUGGGGACAGCCUGGUCUACAGAGUGAGUUCUAGGUCAGCCAGGGCUAUGUAGUUAUCCUGUCUCAACAAACAAACAAACAAAUCAGAUCACUAACUCCCUAUCUUAGGCAAAAUUAAAGGUAGGCUUUAGUGAUUCUUUUCCUUUUUUAAUAUUAUUUUUAGUAAGAAUACAAAAAUAAUGGAUUUCUUCAUAAUAUUGUGCAUAUCAUUGUACUUUGCCGUAAGGUGUAGUGUGCCAGAUACUGUCCUAUGAGCUUUGUGAUCAAUAUUUUACUUAAUCCCAUCUCCAAACUAUAAAGUAGAUCACAUUAUCCCCAUUUUACAUACAAUAAAAUCAAGAUAUGGGAGAAUUAAUUAAUUUUCCAAGUCACAAGAAAUGAUGGAGCUGGGUGCCAAUACAGAGGAACUUAAUUAUAGUGAUCAUAUUUUUUUUUUAAAACAUUCAAUCACUGCCUGGCUUAGUUACUUUUCUGUUGCUGUGAUAAAACACCAUGACCAAGAACAACUUAUAGGGGAAAACUGAUUUGGCUUAUAGUUUCAGAGGAAUAAGAGUCCAUGUUGGCAGAGCAGAGGUAGCAGUUGGUAAGUAGCCAGAGCUGAGAGCUCACAUCUCAGGGACUCCCAACAGAAAACGUAAAGAGCACACUGGAAAGGGUGCAUGACUUUUGAAGCCUCUAAACCCACCUGUUGCAGGAUAUUUGAUCACACUGUGAUAUCCUGAGACUGUGUUAAUAAAUUUAACCUUGAAUAAGGGGGCGGAGCCAGUGACUAGCUGACCGGAAUUAGCCAUAGAGAAGUCAAGAAUACGGAUAGAGAAGAUGCGCAGGAAGGAGUAGGGAGACACUUGGAGAUUUGCUCUCUUCGAUCUGGGAAGUGUGGAGAGAAGGUCAGCUGGUCAUUCCUCCUCUGCCGCUUCUUUGAUCCAUCAGGUUUUCACCCCAGUAUCUGACUCCCAAGUCUUUAUUGGUCAUAGAACAACUUAGAUAAACACAACACCCACCCCUGGUGACAUACUUCCUUCAGCAAAACCACACCUCCUAAGCCUACCAAAGUAAUAACUGGACACCAAGUAUUUAGAUGCCCAAUAUUGUGGGGGAAUAUAUCAUUCAAAAUACUACACUGACUUUAAGGGACUUCCUGUGUAUGAAUAGAAAUAAAGCACGGAUCAUUGAAAGUUGCAAUUUUAGAAGGGAAGAAUGUGCGUAUCACUCAAGCACAUGAAAAGGUGAUACACAUUAGUCAUUUGGGAAAUAUGAAUUAAAGCCACAGCCAACUACUCAUGUGUUGUUUUCUGUCAGUUUAGUGGCUACACCUGAAUCUACUGAUAUUUUAACUACCAUCUGCAGCCCCUGUGGCCUUGGCCUGGUGGGAUUUCUGGUCUCACUGGCACCAGCUCUGCCUCAGCCACCAAAUAGAAUUUUUAACGAAGUCUCUAUCAUUACAUUUACCAAUAAAGACUCAGGAGUCAGAUGUUGGGGUGAAAACCUGCUAGAUCAGAGAAACUGAGAAGCAACCAGCUGAACUUCCUUUUUGGCUGGAAACCCAAUCAAGAGAGGGUCUCUUCAGCCAUCCAAACCAAAAAAGACCCCCAAAACUCCAAGUCCCUCCCUACUCCUUCCUGUGCAUCUCUCUAUCCAUCUUCCUACUUUCUCCAUAAUCUCUAUGGCUAAUUCCUGUCAACUAGUUGCUGGCUCUGCUCUCUGAUCCAAGGUUGAUUUUAUUAACACAGUCUCAGUUUUCACUGUGCGAUCAUAUAUCCCACAAUACUCAUGCCCACCUAGAAAAGCUAAAAUAAAAUGGUGAUUAAUGUUGGUGCAUAUGUGGAAAAUAGCAAUUAACCCUCACAAGCUGAUGGUGGGGAUGGAAAAUGGUGUAGUCACUUUGGAAACCCAUCUGAAUGGUCUGAAAAGGUUUAAAACUGGGGUUGUCAUAUGACUUAGUAAUCCCUCUCUCAGGUACAUACCAAAGAGAAAAUGAAAAAGUCAUCCCAAGCAUGUACACACAAAUGUUUGUGACAGCAUUGUUCAUCACAGUCAGGCAGGGUGGGGGAGAGACAGAUGAAAUUAACCCUAAAUCCCUAAACUGAUAGAAGGUAGAUAAAAUGUGGUAGAUCCAUACCUCUUCAGGAAUACACAAUGAAAACACUAGAAUUGCAAUCCCACCAUCCAGAAAUAAUCCAUUAUUAUAUGAUACAUUUAUUUUCUUCCUCUAUGAGCACACAUUUCCCCUCACAAGGCUGACAUUGUAUAUCAUGUUAUCGUGUGCAUAUAAAGUUUCAUACUUUAUUUUUUUCACCAAAAUUGUAUAGUAAGCAUUUACCACAUACUAUUUUAUUAGUCUUCAAAAUUUUGAUUUAAAAAAAUGAGUGCAGAAUAAUUGCCCAGCAGAGGUUUAGAGCUUUCUUUUCAGUUCUCAACAUAACACCUUGAAAGACGUUUUAAGCUAACAACUCUGACUGUAAAAAUAUCGUCUCACAGUUCUGUACUGAGCAUCUGUGGCAACAGGUUGGUAAUAGCAGUAUCUCCCAGCCGUCUCCCUGAGGACUGCCACACAACUAUCCCUUCAAAGACUUGCUGGCUCUGCCUCACUUGCUUCGGAGCUGGCUGAUCAAAGAAACCAGCUGGCAUACAGAAUGGCUUUCUUUCUGAUGUGGGCCAACCUGCUUCUACUUCUUCAUGGUGCAGUGUCAACAGAAGAGGUUCGGGCCCACCCAUUCACCGAUGUGACCCUGGACUGCGAGUUCUCCUUUAUAGAAAGCACAGAAAACCUUGAGUUUUACUGGGAGAGAGAAGACAUAAUAGAGGAAUAUGAGGUGGAAGACCGUGACUUUUACCGCUUUUUUAGGUACUACGACUUCUUUCAAGUGUUCACAAAGGUGGUUUACCAGUUUUACGAUAAUGCGGAGCAACUUGAAGAGCAGAAUGCCUUAUAUGAGGGAAGAGUCUCUGUGGAUCAGAGUGAAAUCUCUGAGGGGAUUCUGUCCCUUCUGCUACGAAACGUGGAUUUCAUGGACGAAGCUUUGUACAAGUGCUCAGCCAUCGCCCCCAGCGGUAGAGGGGAGAGUACGGUCAAGCUCAUAGUGGAAGAUUCUGAAAUGCCCCAGGUGAAGUUUGAGAAGAUUGAUGAAGAAGAUGUGGUCACAUGCACAUCCAAGGGCUGGUAUCUCACCCCCAACGUGACCUGGUUAGACCGGGGAGAGAGGGACCUUAGCAACCACAGCACAGUGGAGGUCCUGGAGGAGCAGAUGAAUGGCUUGUACAGAGUGUACUCCGUCCUCAGAUACCCAGUCAAGUUAAAUGAAAAAUACGUCUGCCACAUUACAGAGACAAAUGAAAACAACCGGCCCACCAGAUCCAUCCGGCGGUACCCAAAGAAAAGGUUCGGUGAAUAUGAAUAUUGAGAGAUCUGAAUGCUCUCUGCCCAAGAACCUGCUGCGCCUUCAGUCAGUGGAGUUGCUGGUUUCUCUUGUGAGUGAUGUUCUUUUUGUCCUGGACACUUACUGACCAUAAACCAAAAACAGGAAACAAGGAGUCAGCCAGUCCAGACUGUUACAUAUUAACAGAGUCUGGCUUCUUGAUCUCUGCUUCUCUCUUUUGUUUAAAAGAUUUGUUUUAUUUAGUCUCAUUCUCCCAACAUGUUAAAUUCUGAGUCCAUUUCCAAAGUCUUCAGUACAAAAUGAAAGGAGAUUAAAAUCCUGGUGGAUUGAG